AGCAGGCGUCACACGCACCAAGCAAGCAUUCGAAAUUCCCCGCCUCAGCUCCGGAACCUUCCAAAACCCUCCUCACUCCCCGCUCCCGAGUCCCGACUCCUUCACCUAGGGUUUCGCACCACCGCCUUCACCCCGCGGGCGCGCGAUGGGGGUCGGGCGGAAGCGGCGGCGCGGUGGCGGGGAGCUGAGCCGGGUGGCGGAGAUCGUGAUGGUGCUGGCGGGCGCCGGGAACGCGCGGGGCGGGCGGGCCUCGACGGCGGCGGAGCGGGCGCUCGCCGCCGAGGCCCGGGGAGCGCUCGCCGCCGUGGUGGCGGGGGAGGUGGAGCUACGGCCCAGGGAGCUCUUCACGACCGAGGCGGUUCGCGCGCUCGUCGAGGACCUCGGGCUCACCCGGGCCAGGGACCCCGCCGCGGUGGGAUUCCGCCCGCGCAAGGCCUCCAUCGCCCACAGGGUCCUCCUCACCAAGCGCAAGAUGGAAGAAGGGAAGGAAGCUCUCGUCCCUUCAACUACUGUGCCUAAAAUGACAGCCUCAAGUGCAAAAAAUGGAUUCCAGCAUGGAGCUUCUAAGGUCGCUACUGGAUCAACCAGGAAUCUGUCAACCCCAGUGACAUCCCCAGUUAUCUCGAAGCAGCCCUUGCUAAAUGGAACAGUAGCAGGAGCAUCUUCUAUAAAAUUACCUAACAUUCAUUCAGCUGUUUCACUGCCACCUGUUGGCUCUGCAGAUGUCAAAAUGGAAAUUGUUAAUGGUUCAAAUUUCACACAAAACGGAGGUGCAGAAACUAUUGAACAGUCAAAUAAAUCAGGUCAUCACACUGCUAAUAAUUCCAAUAGAAGUUCCUUACAGAGUUCCAGUCAAGCAGAGAAAUCUGUGGAUGAAAAGAGACAUGCUAUUUACCCUGUGACAGGAAGUGUUGGUAUAGGAUCGCAAGCUCCAAAGGCGGAGCUCUCUGUUCAGAAGCAAGCAAUCUUCUCCAAUCACAAGUCAAUAGCAAAAAACGUUGAACGGAUUCUGCAGCAACCUGCUAAUCACUCUAGCUGGUGUGUGCCUUCAACUGAGUAUAUGAAUACUAGACUGGACUGCCAGAUAUGUAAAGUUCCUAUCACCAAUAUGGGAAGUUUGCUUGUUUGCGAUGCCUGUGAGAGGGCCACGCACGUAAAAUGCCUUCAGUAUUAUGGGAAACAAAGUCUGCCAAAACCCGAGUGGUAUUGUCCAACAUGUGUGUUACAUAGUAAGGGCAAACCCCUCCCUCCAAAAUAUGGCAAGGUUACAAGAAGUAUUGCUGUUCCAAAGACUUGUAUGACUAGUGGUGCACAGCCUUCGCAGAUAGCAGCAGAAAACCCAACUGAAAAGGAUGGCAGUAGUAAAAAAAAUGUAGCAGUUUAUGGAACUGUUAUCAAUCAAAACACCAACAAAGUUGGCAGCACUGUGUGCAAGAGUGGUACAUUGGCUUUAGAUGCUACUGGUUCUAAAUCACCAUCUGGUGCUGAACCUCAAAAGGAUGUUAAACAUGAUGAAACCUCAUCUGUAGAAAAGGAAGGAAAUGGCCUACCUUGUGGUGGCAUACAUACAGAAACUGCAACAAUGUAUGGUUCUGGCAGUCUGUCUGCGGGGUCUCAUAUGCAUAUCGAGAGCAAUGCUGCGACUCCAGUGAAUUAUUCCACCCUGCAGUCUACAGCAAUUUGCGGCGUAAAGCAUGCAUACCAUUCUUCCAUUGUUUCUUCUGUAGAGAAUUCUGAAAGCAGAGCACCAACUGAUGAAUUAUGCCAAGAAGAAGUCACUAACAAUAAUUGGGUGACUUUAAAUGGACAUCUUUGUUCUGAGCCUGAAAUUAUAGGGGAUCGUAAUGGAUAUGUAGGUUCCAGCACAGUUAGUAUUGUUGAUUGGGUUGGUGAUGGCCUCAAAUCUAUUGACAACAAGACUUACUAUAACUCUUGUAAUAUUGAUGGCGUAAUAUACAAUCUUCAUGAUCAUAUUUUGAUUGCCUCUGAAGGUGGCAAGUUCGGUCCGUGUAAGCUGCAGUCACUGUGGGAAGAGCAUGACUCUGGUUCUAAACUGGCUAUGGUUAAUCCCUAUUUCUUUGGCUCAGACAUUCCAGGAUCUAUUAGCAAACUAUGUAUUGAUGAAGAGGAUGAGGUAUAUGGUUCAAACAAUGGUAGAAUUUUAUUAGUUUCUGCUAUCCGUGGCCCUUGUGAAGUACUACAUGUUGACAAGUUUAGAGAAGAGACCAAGAGAAGAUGUCAGUUAGAUAGUUCUGUGUGUAGGUUGCAUCCGAUUUUCUUCUGCAGGGAAGAAACCUUGCACCCCUACCGGCUCCGGCUAUGAACUGCGUAGCCGCGGCCCUGCUACCUUGGACGCCGGCGUCCUUGACAACCUGGUAUCAGCUUCCAGGUGUUCCUCCUCAUCCGCCCAGCCGCUAAACCUCAUCG